CUCCCUCCUGCGGGAGAACCCCCGGGAUCCGGCAGCACUGCUCCGCUGUUUCGGGGGCAGGUUGGGAGGGCAGGGGGCAUGGGGUGACCCCCGGCUUCCAUCCUUUCCUCCAAGUUCCUUUCUCCUUUUCUCUCUCUCUCCUUUUGCUUGUCUGGGGGCUCGUGCUAACGCUCUGCCAGGAGGGAUCUGGGAUCCAGCCAUCCGUCAGCUGCAUGGACUGGCUUUCCACCUGCUCACAGCCUGGAGGAAGUUCCCUCUCCAUCCCGGGCACUGAGAGAGGAAAGGCAGGAGGUGGCUUGGAGCUUCUGAGCCCUGGCCUGUGAAGGGUGGACAGGGGGACAAAAAGCUUCCCUUUCACCUUUGCUGAGGAUUUGGGGUCACACAUAGACCAUGAAUGGAUCCUCUUUCAACCAGACUCUCCUGGAGCAGGCAGCUGACCCCAACAGGACUCAGGGCUUGGGGAUGCUCAUGGCCUGCUGCAAUGGGACCAGCACAGUGCUGGCGACUGAGGGCAGCUCCUUGGUCCUGGCACCCGACGAGAGGAGUCUUUUCAUCACGAGGGUGGUGCAGAUUGCUGUCCUCUGCGUCCUCUCCUUGACUGUGAUGUUUGGCGUCUUCUUUUUGGGCUGCAACUUGCUCAUCAAGUCUGAGAGCAUGAUUAACUUUCUGGUGAAGGACCGAAGACCUUCCAAGGAUGUGGGUGCAGCAAUCAUGGGACUUUACUGA